CUCAGAAACAGAGUUCACUAACUGUUUGACUGGAAGGUAUACAAGUCUUUCAAGGAUCCCGAAUGUGGUACCUUUUCAAAGUGAUGUCUUUCAUUUUAAUUCUUGGGACUACUCAUGGUGCCUUUCGAUCCCGAAGAUCUGUAAACCCUGAAGCAAAUAUGAAUAUCAGCCAAAUUAUUUCCUAUUGGGGCUACCCAGGUGAAGUGCAUGAUGUUGUAACUGAAGAUGGUUAUAUCCUUGGCCUUUAUAGAAUUCCUUAUGGGAAGGCGAACAAUGACAAUUCAGCUCAGAAACUUGUCGUCUACUUGCAACAUGGCUUGUUGACAUCUGGCAGCAGCUGGAUUUCCAACCUUCCCAACAACAGCCUGGGUUUCAUUCUGGCCGAUGCCGGUUAUGACGUGUGGCUGGGGAACAGCCGAGGGACUACGUGGUCCAGAAAACACCUGUACCUGAAAACAAACUCCAAAGAAUUCUGGGCCUUCAGUUUUGAUGAAAUGGCUAAAUAUGACCUCCCCGCCUCCAUUGACUUCAUCGUGAAGCACACGGGACAAAAGGAAAUAUUUUACGUGGGCCAUUCCCAAGGCACCACUAUCGCUUUCGUAACAUUUUCGACAAUACCAAAGAUAGCUGAAAAAGUCAAAAUAUUUUUUGCCUUAGCUCCAGUUUUUUCUAUUAAAUACUCAAACAGCCCUUUAAUCAAAAUGGCAUACAAGUGGAAGUCAGUGAUAAAGGCUUUUGUUGGCAACAAAGCCUUCUUACCUAAUACUUCAUUUAAAAGAUUUGUUGGUUCAAAGCUGUGUCCACUGAAGAUUUUUGGCAAGAUUUGCCGUGAGGUCUUGUUUUUGAUGUAUGGAUGUGACCUGGAGAACUUAAAUAUGGGUCGUGUGGAUGUGUACAUGUCACAUAACCCAGCAGGGACAUCUGUUCAAAACAUGCUUCACUGGAGUCAGCUUUUUAAUUCUAGUCGCUUGAGAGCUUUUGAUUGGGGCAGUCCUGCUCUGAACUGGAUGCAUUUUAAUCAGACAACUUCUCCAUUUUACAACGUGACACGCAUGAAUGUGUCAACCUCAACUUGGAACGGGGCCCGUGACGUGUUGGCUGAUCCUCAAGAUAUUAAUAAUCUACUUUCUGAAAUCACAAACCAUAUUUACCACAAAACCAUUUCUUCCUACAAUCAUAUAGACUUCUUGUUCGGAUUAGAUGUGUAUCAUCAAGUUUACCGUGAAAUCAUUGACAUUAUCCAAGGCACUCUGUAGAGAACCACGGUCCUCUGUGUUGAAGGAUCUACAUAGUUUCUAUUAAAACCCAAUCAUCUCCUCUUA